UAGUUAAAAUGACGACAGCAGCGAGGCCAACGUUUGAACCUGCGAGAGGAGGAAGAGGAAAAGGUGAAGGAGACUUAAGUCAGCUAUCCAAACAGUAUUCCAGCAGAGACCUUCCUUCUCAUACUAAAAUCAAAUACAGACAGGCCACUCAGGAUGCUCCUGAAGAGGUGCGUAACCGUGAUUUCAGAAGGGAGCUGGAGGAGAGAGAACGUGUUGCUGCAAGAGAAAAGAACAGAGACAGACCAAACAGAGAGCACACAACAUCAUCUUCAGUGUCUAAGAAACCUCGACUAGACCAGAUUCCUGCGGCAAAUCUUGAUGCAGACGAUCCUCUUACUGAUGAAGAUGAUGAAGAUGAAGAUUUGGAAGACAGUGAUGAUGACGACACUGCAGCUCUUCUGGCUGAACUGGAAAAAAUCAAGAAAGAACGAGCUGAGGAACAGGCUCGAAAGGAACAAGAGCAAAAGGCUGAAGAAGAAAGAAUUCGAAUGGAGAAUAUUUUGAGUGGUAACCCACUGCUACUGAACCUUACCGGCCCAGCACAGCCUCAAACAAACUUCAAAGUGAAGAGGAGGUAACCCUGUACUCUGAU